AUGUUCGCAAAGUGUCGCAGCAUUUCGGACGCAAAGAACGUUUUCGACCGCAUGGAAACGAAGAAUCGUGUCACUUGGAACGCUAUGCUGGCGGCCUACGUUCAAACCGGGGGUAACCAAGCUGCUCUCGAGCUCUUCAAAGUCAUGGAUAGAGAACCGGACGUGUUUACCUUCUCGACACUUUUCUCUGCUUGCUCAAACUUGCGCUCGCUGGAUGCCGGCAGAGCUAUCCACAAACGACUUGGUAAGUCGCUGGUUUCGGAUUUGAUUCUACAGAACGCCCUGCUAAACAUGUAUUCCAAAUGUGGCAGCUUGGCCGACGUACGAAAAGUUUUCGAGAGCAUGGACAGACGAGACAUUGUUUCGUGGAACGCAGUUAUCGGUGCACACGUUCUUCACGAACAGUUCAGGGAGGCUCUCAGCUUGUUCAAGAGCAUGAAGAUGAAGCCGGACGCCAUCACAUUUGCUAUCGCUCUCACGGCCUGUGCGAGUUUAGAAGCACUUGAAGAAGGCAGGGAAAUUCACAGGAAGACGGUGGAAGCUGGACUGGAAUCGGUUACCAUGGUGCGCAAUGCACUCGUAACCAUGUACGCAAGAUGUGGAAGCCUCGAGGAUGCACAGGGAGCUUUUACGGGCACGGUAUACAGGGACGUGGUCUCCUGGAGCGCCUUGAUAGCAGCACACGCUCAGCAUGGACAAGACUUGGAGGCCAUCAAAGUCUAUCGCCGGAUGAACUUGGAGGGGAUUGAGGCAGACGUCUUCACGUUUGCCAGCAUUUUGAGCGCGGUUUCCUCUCCGGGUCUUCUACCGGAAGGAAGAACUGUCCACAGGCAGAUUAUCUCUCGGGGACUCGAAAGCGAUACAGUCGUGGGGACUGCGCUCGUCAACAUGUACGCCAGGUGUGGAGACGUGGUUACUGCCAGGACGAACUUUGACAACCUCUGCUCGAAGAACAUCGUGUCCUGGAACGCGAUGAUAGCGGGCUACGUCCAAGCCGGAUCCAGCCAGGAAGCCUUGCUGCUCUACGAGAAGAUGCAGCAGGACGAGGCCAAACCGAAAGCAGACGGACUCACCUUCGCCAGUGUCCUGGCUGCGUGUUCCAACCUCGGAGAGAUUUCAAGGGGACGAAAACUCCACGACGACGUCGCUGCCAGUGACUUUGCCGAGGAUCUGAUCGUCCAGAACGCUCUCGUCGACAUGUAUGGGAAGUGCGGCAACUUGGUGGAAUCCAGGAACGUCUUCGAAGGGAUCAAGAGCAGGAGUGUGAUCUCCUGGACGUCGAUGGUCACGGCGUACGCUCGGCACGGCCAUGGAGCCGAGGCAGUGGAGCUGUGGUGA